ACCGCAGGUGUCGUAAGCUCCAAUCCACUGCAUUCCUUUGCCGCUGCGCUCCUUGCUUCGAGCCUACUUGAGCGCUGCCUCACCUCACCUCACUCUCUCACCAAGCUCCUCCCCCCUCUCUCCCUCUCGCCCAGUGAGCUUGCGGUUCUUCCCACGCACGCUUCCCCCCAUAUAUACCCGACCAUAUAUACCCACCAGGCAGCCAUCGAUCGGAAGGGAGCAACCGUCGCUCCAUCUUACCGAUCUCGCCGUUACAUCCGUCCAAGCUCGUCGGAGUAGCUACGACGCCAACAGCUGCCAGGAAGAUUAGCCGGCGUCAAUGGGACGUCCGACGUCUGGGGGCGUGCAGAUGCAACAGCCCAAGCUCCGCAAGGGGCUGUGGUCGCCCGAGGAAGACGAGAAGCUCUACAGCCACAUCCUCCGGUACGGCGUCGGCUGCUGGAGCUCCGUCCCCAGGCUCGCCGGGCUGCACCGCUGCGGCAAGAGCUGCCGCCUCCGCUGGCUCAACUACCUCCGCCCCGACCUCAAGCGCGGCACCUUCUCGCAGGAGGAGGAGGACCACAUCGUGGCGCUCCACCAGAUCCUAGGCAACAGGUGGUCUCAGAUCGCGUCGCACCUGCCGGGCCGGACGGACAACGAGAUCAAGAACUUCUGGAACAGCUGCAUCAAGAAGAAGCUCCGCAAGCAAGGCAUCGACCCCGCCACGCACAAGCCCAUGGCCGCCGGCAUGAUCACGGCGGCCACCGCAGCAUUGCCUGACGCGGAAGCGGUUGACCGUAAGCCCCUUGCCGCGGCGGCCGACGGCAGCCUCGCUCCGAAGCAAUCGCCGGAGUUUGACCCGUUCCCGGUGUGCGCCGACUACGGCGGCGGGUUCGCCGGCGACCUCGGGGCCGCGAACGCGACCGCACUGUACGUCCAGUUCGGCGACUGCAAAGACGGCGCGCACGGCGACACAGGGUUCGGCGCGGCGGACUACAGCUGCGUGCUGGACGUGUCGGAGAACCUGGGCUACGGGGAGAGCUCGAGCAACAGCAGCAACUGGAACUACGGCCGCGAGGUGGGCAGCGUGCUCGACGGCGAGGUGCUGCACUGGGCAAAGGCGGAGAUGGAGCGGCAGCACGACGAGCCGCCGGAGCACAAGUUCGCGCUGCCCUGCCAAGAACAGAGCCUCCUCGCAAAUUUCGAGUUCAAUUUGGAACAAUACUUCUGAUCUUCUCUUUCUUUCUUUUUUACUUAAAAAACAUUUCCCUGCUUUUCUCCCUCUUUUUUUAAGAGACAAGUUAGUGCCACUUCAGGUAAUUUCUAGCACCAAUUCCAAGUUUAUUAUAUUAUACUAAGAUACUACAAAACAAGGAUGGUGCACGUUGCGGCACCAUCCAUUUUUCCCACUGUACUAUAGGAAUUUGUACAAAUAUAUGAGGUUGAAAUUGCAAGACUAACCAAUUUAUAUUAA